GUGAGCAUCAGAAUGGGACAAAGGUGGACCGGACGGUCACCAACUCCUCCUAACAAGAUGUUAGAGAAUGUGGAAAUUGGAUCGUUAUUAUGUUGUUGCAUGCAGCAGGACUAUGAAGUAUGAACACAUAUUUCCACUACCAACAGUCUGACCCAGUCUCUAUCUUCAUCUGCUGUGUCCAUUUGGAGCUCUGGUUGAGAGAAAAUUGUCCACUUUUAGGGUCGACUACCAGCAGUGUUGAGUCUGCAAACUUUCAUCUUCAAUUGAAAAAGCGCACGAACUGGUUUACUACUUUUAACUCAAAAAGCCACCUCAAUUACAAAAGCAUAAAGAUUUCAAGAUUUAUAGCGAGAGACGAAAGUCCCUUCAAAGAGAAGGCUCUCAAAAGUCAAAAGCUUCACCUCUCUUCUGUUUUUUAAAGCCAGAUUUUUGUGAGUUUUAUGUCACCGCUUUUAGCUCUGCUGCAUGUUCAGACUAUGUUAACUGCAAAACGAUCACUUCGUGGUUCCUUCCUCGAAGCUUUGCGUUGCUGAAAGGCAGGAACACAAGCGGAGGCUUUGGAGUAUAAACUGGGGUCUCUGCUUUCUCUUUCAUACAUUCCAUCUGGGCGUUUACUAAUGUAAUGGUAUCUGAUCUUCGCUCUUGUCUUGCUGCUUUUGCUUUCCUGCUUCCGUGAAACGUUUCUGUUCCGCUGAAAUUACUGUUUGGGAUGGUUCUCAGAGAUGGGGCUUGAGGGGAGUGGAGAUAAUAAAUUGCUUGGACUGAGAAUGACCUCAAAGCACAAACGUUCAAAGAGCUUUCCUGUUAAGAAAAUAGUGGAGGACGACAGUAUCAAUAAUUCCUUUGAGGCCUCAGAUCGUAAAAAGCUGGAUAUGGGGCACUUAAGGGAUAUUGAAACGAAGAAGAAACAAUCCCCUAAGGCUGAAGUUCAAAAUUCUUUAAAGCAAGAGAUUCUACAGCUUGAGAAGAGAUUACAAGACCAAUUUGAGGUCCGCCAUGCUUUAGAAAAAGCAUUGGGUUAUAGGUCUUCCUCUCAUGACAAUACAGCUGAAUUCUUAAUGCCCAAGCCAGCCACAGAGUUAAUCAAGGAAAUCGCAGUGUUAGAGUUGGAAGUUGUGUAUUUGGAGCAUUAUCUUCUCUCAUUAUACCGGAAAGCAUUUGAUCAACAAGUAUCCUCUGUAUCUCCAUCUGCCAAGGAUGAAAGACUAAAAUCGCCUAUAAAUACUCCAAGGGGGAGGAUUCCUCAAGCUUCCAGUCCUGAUAUUACAUCAAAGAGGGAAAGUUCAGCAAUACAAUCUGGUUGUCAAUUACUUGAAGAUCCUGUCAAGGAAUCCAAUGGAAUUGGUGGAGAAGAGAAGCUAUUAUAUUCUGGUGUUCAUCGCUGUCACUCUUCAUUAUCCCAACAUCCUGUGUUUUUUACUAGAACUUCCCCUCCAGCAGACUCUUUGGAUAAGGCUUUACGUGCAUGUCACUCCCAACCUUUGUCCAUGACGGAGUAUGCUCAGAAUGCGCCAUCAAACAUAAUCAGUCUGGCAGAGCAUCUUGGUACACGCAUCUCUGACCAUAUUCCAGAGACAUCUAACAGGCUUUCUGAAGAUAUGAUCAAGUGCAUAUCAGCAUUAUAUUGCAAGCUAACAGACCCACCUUUAACUCAUAAUGGCUUGUCAUCUCCCAAUUCAUCCAUGUCCUCAAUGAGUGCCUUUUCCCCGCAAGAUCAUGGUGAUAUUUGGAGUCCUGGGUUCAGAAAUAAUUCAUCUUUUGAUGUACGCUUAGAUAAUCCUUUCCAUGUGGAAGGACUCAAAGAGUUCAGUGGACCAUACAGCACAAUGGUUGAAGUGCCCUGGAUUUACAGAGAUGGUCAGAAACUUGGUGAUACUGAACACCUACUACAGAAUUUCAGGUCACUUAUCUGUCAAUUGGAAGAAGUAGAUCCUAGGAAGUUGAAACAUGAAGAGAAACUAGCAUUCUGGAUUAACAUACACAAUGCAUUGGUGAUGCAUGCAUUCUUGGCUUAUGGGAUCGCACAGAACAAUGUUAAGAGAGUUUUUCUACUCUUGAAGGCUGCAUAUAACAUCGGUGGUCACGUUAUCAGUGCAGACACUAUUCAGAGUUCUAUUCUAGGGUGCAGGAUGUCUCGUCCUGGACAGUGGCUUCGCUUUUUACUUUCUCCAAGAAUGAAAUUCAAAUCUGGAGAUGAACGGCAAGCAUAUGCAAUUGAGCAUCCAGAACCCCUGUUACACUUUGCCCUCUGUUCAGGAAGCCAUUCUGAUCCUGCGGUUCGUGUUUACACGCCCGAGAGAGUAUUUCAAGAACUGGAAUCUGCAAAAGAAGAGUACAUUCGGGCUACCUAUGGUGUAAGCAAAAAUCACAAAAUCCUUUUACCAAAGAUCGUCGAGUCAUUUAUGAAGGACUCUGGUUUGUGUCCAGCUGGAGUGAUGGAGAUGAUCCAACAGUCGUUGCCUGAAUCUUUGAGGAAGAAUGUUAAGCAAUAUCAGCUAGGGAAGUCCCGCAAGAGCAUCGUGUGGGUUCCUCACAACUUCACCUUUCGGUAUUUGAUCUCUAAAGAGCUGGUUAAGUGAUUGCUUGCAUGGAACUCUGCAUAAUGCUUGAGGUAGAUUGCAAUGUUCGGAAGAAUUUAUAUUUAAGAGAAAGUAUACUUUUCUUUUGUACAAAGUAGAGCGUGAAGCCAGAUCAAAAGCUGGGAUACAUGUGUGAUCUAUGGCUUUUUGUUACUUACAUCAUGUUUCUCCAUCUCUCAUUGUAAUUUCCCCACAGAAAGUAUUUAGUAUUAAUAUAUUUUUGAAAAAAAAUGGAGAUUCUGCAUUGUGAAAUGUAAAGA